AUGAGUUACCCACCUGGUUCUCUACGUUCCUGUCACGAGGCUGACGGUCGUAGCGAUCGUUCGGGUGGUUCAGGAGGCACGGGCAGCGGUAGUGGAUGUGGAAACAUCUAUGGAAGCAUAUAUAAUGCAUUCAGUGAAUACAAACUGCACCAAUCCGACUCCUCAAAUCCUGCUUCAAAUUCAGCUUGGCAAAAGUGGUCUGCCAGCUUCGACGCUCUACUCAGCGACGGUGAAGGCGUGGCUCUUUUUAAGGCUUACCUUGAGUCAGAGGGCUGCGGCAAUCUUCUUGAUUUCUGGUUUGCUGUCCAAGGAUUUCGCAGCAAAGUAGAUCCCUCCGAUAGGAAAAAAGUCCUCCAGCUCAUUAAAGUCAUAUAUCAGACUUACAUUCGAGGCAGCAGUUCGACAACAGCACCCCCUCCAUCCUCUACCUCAUCUUCCUCCAGGUGUCGACGGAAUCACGCUCCUGUUCGACUGCGACAGGAGACACGCAGAGCUAUUGCCGAUCGUCUUUCUCACAAGAGCUCUCUCGACCAAACUGUCUUUGACGAGGCGCAGCAAGAAGUAGGUCAUUUGUUGCGCAACACAGCCUAUCAGGCGUUUCUCAAGUCGGAUGCAUUUAUUGCUCACAUUCAACAAGGCAGUGGAUUUCCACCGGAAUCGAGUAUUCCUCGACACGCAUUUGGUUCACCUGUCUACCCUGGUUCACUUCCCACUGUGGAGGAAGAUCGAGAACUGGGUGUUGAGAAACCGCCUGGCAAAGGCAGCGUAACGCCGGCCUCGUCGACGUACCACUGUUUCUGUGGACCUCAGGUUCUGCUGCCUCAGCAGCAGCAGCAAGCACAUAUUCAGCUUUGCUCCUGCCAAAUCAAUAGUCAGUGGAGUGUGCCGUACCAACCACAAGGAUGCUAUCCGCAGGCUGCACCCCUAACCCAAGAAAACCUCCAAAUAACUCGAUUUCAGCGAGCAGAAUUACCUGUUCCACAGCAUCUCUCUUCGUGUCCGCAUUGUCACACUCCUUAUCAACAACCGGUCGCACCUAGUAACCCCUUGUCACCAGCUCAACACAAGCCAACUGGUAGAUUUGGGGCUUCUUCGCAGAGAAAAUGGAUGGAUGCUGUCUGGACGCGCUACAUCGCACCCUACCACACCCCACUGUCAAGCCUGUGCACUGAACAGCGAUUUUUCCCAGGCAGUAGCCCGCGUUGGGCGUCUUUAGUGAAGGCGCGAAUUCUCCACGCAAACAAAACGCGUCCAACUCUAGCUGUGAACCAGCGUUGGAAGGCGUGCCAGAAGUGCUACGCCGGCGGUAGUGCGAAAACCUGCUCUGGUCGCCAGUGCGCGAUAACUGGUGUCUUUUCGGUGUACCACGACCCCCCACCUGUUGUCGGCUCGCGGAGACGCCGCUGCCUCAUGACGCGCGGCGGCUCGGCGCCUCAAAUUACCAUUCGACGCGCGCUGAUCUCGGUGUGGUGUGUGAGAGGGAAAGAAAGUGAGGUCACUGGUGACGGCGAAGUGAAAUCUGCCUCUAUGCCUGACCCCUUGCUACCGUGGCACACAAAAUUCCCACAGUCAAUAGCCAGCCCCAAACACGACUACUUCUCCUCGCCGGGACUUGGUGGGGGAUUCGCGCGGCCACCCCCAAACCCCUAUCACGUCUCCUUCGCACCUGUGUCCACCCAGGACUCGGAACACCACAGCAUUUCCAGCGGGACGCACACUGAGGAGAGCCUCUCUCACACCGACGGCACCUGUGACGAUUCAAGGCUACGGAUGCAUUUCUUAAUGCGUCACGCACCGCGAAUGCCAGCAACACAAGCAGCUCCGCCGACUAACUAUCCGGUAUUCGAGCCCACCCCUCCUCCUCCACCUCCCCUCAACACCUCAACGUCGAUUCGAGGGACAAACUGCAAGCACAAGAGGGGAUCAAGUGCCACACGCAAGGGGACUGCGACGACCACGUCGGCGACGAACAUGGGUAAAGCGGUGACCAUCAGGGCGCAGAAUAUGGCUGAGCUGGACCCCACCGCGUUCGCGAAGCUCCUCAACGAACGUCUUCAGCGGGUGGUCGAGGAUAGGGCCGCAACGGAACUGUUGGAGAAGCUUAUGACUGACAUAGGUAUUGUCUCGUCGUUGUCAAUGCAGGAAACACUGCUCUCGCUUAAGGUUGGUAAGAAUGAAGAAGGUGAAGAAGGGGAGGUGGUAGAAGGUGACCACGCUGUGGAAGCCAAUGGGGACGCUGGAAGACUGGCAUCCGCACCGACGGUCGAGGCCUCCACCAACUCCUGCGAAACGAGGUCUCAGCCGGCGACGGAAGCUGCUCCGAAUCCCACGACGCGUCCAGGUAGUCAGGCGCUCGAAGCAUCCGCCAAACCCUCCGUCCUCCAACGACCAUGGGCUGAUCGAUUGCUUGCCGCUGCGAGGGUCCAGCACGCGGAACACGGAGACAAUGCACAGGCGAUCCUUGAAGAUCACUGUUCCAGGAUUUGGGCCACUUCGGCAGAUCGAACGCCGACAAGUGGCAGUGGAAGUGGUGAGAGUGCCGACAUCCAACGACGCUCUGGACCUCCUCAACCCACCACUGGACUCCUUCCGCCUGACGAAAUGGAGGAGGAGGAAGAAGAGGAAGACGACUGCGUCCGACCCCAACUUCUGCAGGAGUCCACUCCGCCCAGCCUCACCACUCAGCCGCCUAGCCAGUUUCCUUCGCGUUUCGACUUCCAUCAGCAGGUCAACGAGACUCAAUUGGUCGCCUCAAGGUCGGUGGGUGAUCGACUGCAAGAUGGCAUUGCGCUGAGACAUCAGACGGCCAUGCCCUUGCACCGUUCGGGUCAUGCUGAUCCUCUCACCGCCACCGCCGCCACGGCGACGGGGAUUGCGGCGCGACGUCGCCUUGCCACGCUCCCCCCGUGUUCCUCUACCGCUCGCGUACGAGUGUGUGCUUUGUCUCCUAUCAACGCGACCCACUUCAGCGGAUCAGGAGGAUUCAAGUCCACCUACGCAACAGCGCCCUCCCACCCACCUCCAGCGAAAUCUCCACAACCUCCUCCUCACCUUUCAACCUCGACAACUUCGUCGACAAGUGGCAGCGGCGGCGGCGGGGGUCUUGUCGUAGGCUACUACCUCUGCGACGAUCCAGUGCCCUAUCGCAGCCAGUGGCCUUCCCACGAGAUAACCCUCGGGCAGUUUAAGCAUCUUGUGCCCAAAAAAGGUCUCUUUAGGUUCUUCUUCAAGACCACGUCGGACGAAUUCGACUCCGGUGUGGUCCACCAGGAGAUCUCCAACGACGACGCGAUUCUGCCGCUGUGGGAAGGCAAGGUCGUAGCCAAGAUUGAGCGUGUUGAACAGUAA